CAGUUGGGGGCGCGCGACGGCUGGUGUGGGGGAGGGGGUUGUUGUGCGCGAGCCGCCGAUGCCUCCGCCGUGAGAUGGCAUCAUUCUGUGCGGCGGAGGGGUGAGGAGCCUCGGCGGAGAGGGGGCAGCGGCGGCUUUCGGGCCACGGCUAAAACAGUAGCUUCUGACAUGGCCACAGCCUCACCAAGAUCUGAUACCAGUAACAACCAUAAUGGAAGAUUACAGAUGCAAGUAACUAUUUCUAGUGCCAAACUGAAAAGGAAAAAGAACUGGUUUGGAACAGCCAUUUAUACAGAAUUAGCUGCAGAUGGAGAAAUCAAGAAAACAGCAAAAUCAAAUAGUUCUUCAAAUCCAAAAUGGGAUGAACAGUUGACUGUGAAUGUGACUCCACAGACUACGUUGGAAUUUCGAGUUUGGAGCCAUCACACUUUAAAAGCUGAUGUUUUAUUAGGAAGAGCCACUGUAGACUUGAGACAAGCUUUGGAAACACACAAUAGAAAAUUGGAGGGGGUGAAAGAACAAUUGAAACUCUCCUUAGAAAACAAGAGUGGCAUGGUGCAAACAGGUGAACUGACAGUUGUGCUUGACGGUUUGGUUGUUGAACAAGAAUCUCUUACAAACUGCAGUUCAGCAGCAGCCAUAGAAGUCCAGCAAAAUGGUGAUGCUAUACAUGAAAACAGAGAAAUUUUGGCAAGAACUACAUCCAGAUCUACCUGUGACAUGUCUAAUGGAAUAGACAAUCAAACUCCUUUAAACUCUGUAAUACAGAAUGCAUUCUGUAUACAUGCUGUUAAUGGAGACAGCACUUCAUCUCCUUCUCAUGUUGCAGCCAGUCCCAAAAUUACACCAGUACCAAAACCACUUUCAACCCAGCCCGCCAACAAUACUGUUAAUGGUGAGUCAUCGUCAUCUGCACCGGAAGCUGAUAAUUCUGCCUCUGAGGCUUUUAUGGGUUCUGUAGAAACCCCCAUGUCUACAGAUUGUACUAACACAACAGACGCAAUUAGUUACUCUGAAAACAACACAUCUUCUACAGUUCCCAUUGUGUCUGCUGGACUUGAAGCUGUAACUACCACAGACUCUGAAUCCUCUAAUACCAGAAGCAGCACCACUGCAGAAGCAGCAAAACCAAGGGAAUCUUCAAGUGCAUCUGGGGAACCUGUGAGACAGCAGCCUGGUAGUACCAGUACAGAACCUUUGCCACCAGGACAUGUCUUUUGUUUAAGAUGGGAACAGAGAAAGGAUCCUCAUGGUAGAACCUAUUAUGUUGAUCACAACACACGAACUACGACAUGGGAAAGACCACAGCCUUUACCGCCAGGUUGGGAAAGAAGGGUUGAUGAUCGUGGAAGAGUUUACUAUGUGGAUCAUAACACAAGAACAACAACAUGGCAGCGACCAACCAUGGAAUCGGUGAGGAACUUCGAGCAGUGGCAGUCUCAACGUAACCAACUACAAGGAGCUAUGCAACAAUUCAACCAACGAUACCUCUAUUCGGCUUCAAUGUUGUCAGCAGAAAAUGAUCCACUUGGGCCUUUACCACCAGGCUGGGAAAGGAGAGUGGAUUCAAAUGAUAGGGUGUACUUUGUUAAUCACAACACGAAGACAACACAGUGGGAAGACCCCCGAACUCAAGGUUUACAAAAUGAGGACCCACUUCCCGAGGGCUGGGAAAUCAGAUACACUAGAGAAGGUGUCAGAUAUUUUGUUGAUCAUAACACAAGGACAACAACCUUCAAUGAUCCUCGAACUGGAAAAUCCUCUGUAAAUAAAGGCCCACAAAUUGCUUAUGAACGUAGCUUUAGGUGGAAACUUGCUCAUUUCCGUUACUUGUGUCAGUCAAAUGCAUUGCCGAGCCAUGUAAAGAUUAACGUAUCCAGACAGACUCUGUUUGAGGAUUCCUUCCAACAAAUCAUGGCUUUAAAACCCUAUGAUUUAAGGAGACGAUUAUAUGUUAUAUUCAGAGGUGAAGAAGGAUUGGAUUAUGGUGGUUUGGCAAGAGAAUGGUUUUUCUUACUUUCCCAUGAAGUUCUAAACCCUAUGUACUGUCUAUUUGAGUAUGCUGGCAAGAGCAACUACUGUCUGCAGAUAAAUCCAGCAUCAACAAUUAAUCCAGAUCAUCUUUCAUAUUUCUGUUUCAUUGGGCGCUUUAUUGCUAUGGCAUUGUUUCAUGGCAAAUUUAUUGACACGGGUUUUUCUCUGCCAUUCUACAAGCGCAUGCUAAGUAAGAAACUUACUAUUAAAGAUUUGGAAUCUAUUGAUACUGAAUUUUAUAAUUCCCUAAUUUGGAUAAGGGACAACAACAUUGAAGAGUGUAAUUUAGAAAUGUACUUCUGUGUUGACAUGGAGCUUUUGGGAAAAGUUACUUCUCAUGAACUGAAAUCAGGAGGGUCAAAUAUCUUGGUAACUGAGGACAACAAAGAAGAAUACAUUGGCCUAAUGGCAGAAUGGCGUUUUUCUCGGGGAGUAAGAGAACAAACCAAAGCUUUCCUUGAUGGUUUUAAUGAAGUUGUUCCCCUUCAGUGGCUACAGUAUUUUGAUGAAAAAGAGUUGGAGGUUAUGCUCUGUGGCAUGCAAGAGGUUGAUUUAGCAGAUUGGCAAAGGAACACCGUUUAUCGUCAUUAUACAAGAACUAGCAAGCAGAUCGUAUGGUUCUGGCAGUUUGUAAAAGACACAGACAAUGAGGUUCGCAUGCGACUGCUGCAGUUUGUCACUGGUACUUGUCGAUUACCACUGGGAGGUUUUGCUGAGCUCAUGGGAAGUAACGGUCCUCAAAAAUUCUGCAUUGAAAAAGUUGGCAAGGAAACCUGGUUACCGAGAAGUCAUACUUGUUUCAAUCGUUUGGAUCUGCCUCCAUAUAAAAGCUAUGAACAGCUGAAAGAGAAGCUGCUCUUCGCAAUUGAAGAAACAGAGGGAUUUGGUCAAGAGUAGAAGUGGCUUCUUGUCAAAGAGGAUAUAUUGCAUUAUUAAAAUGCCCAGCCAACUAAAAUUGCACACUUAGUUGUAUAUAAGCUGUUUGUUCUGUACAGUUAUGUUUCUGGAACUCUAAAGUAUAAAUGUUCUCCGUUCUUCCACAGAGAUAUGCAAAACAGUUCAGCUGUGUCUAGUUUAUUUAUUGCCCCUUCAAAAGACUGACCUGGAAAAAACAAACAAACCAUAAAUUCUGAAAGCAGCCAAAUGACUUUAUUUAAAAAUAUAUUAAAUAUAUAUAUAUAUAAAAAAAUAUAUACACAGACACACUCUCUCUCUCCCUCCCCCGCUCCCCCUGUAGUGGGCUCUAGUUUUAUAGAGCUAUAAGUGUAUGAAACAUAGCAGUCAUUCUAAAGGACCUGGGGAUUUGCUUUAUCUUGGCUUUAUUAUACAGAAAAAUGUGCAAAUUGCUCUGUUUUCUCACUUUAUGCAACAUCUCCAAGAUUGUUUUAUUGCAUGGCUGUUCUAAAAGGUGUUAAAAGCUUAGGCCAAAUGUAUCCUAAGUAUGUAGAAAAAUGCUGCUGGCUUUUUGAGAUGACAGAAUGCCAAAGUCUGUCAGGUCAGGUUUUUUUUAAAUACUUACAAUAGCUGAUAUCCUCACUACUACAUUGAUGUAACCAAGGUCAUGAAUAAUGCCUUGGUUACUUGCACAGGAGUCAUGUACAGUAAGAUGAAUGUGAUUAAUGUUAAAAGCAAUUGGUGCCACUAUUCUGACUUAUUGUAGGAACUGAACAGAAUAUUUUAAUUCAUGAGCAGCAUUGAAAUUUGUUUACAUAAUAUCUUGGAUUAUUACCAAGAGGAUGUUGAGUAAUCUUUAAAGAAUAAAAGAGAAACUCUAACACAUUCUCUCUUGGUCUGGUGUCUUACAGGUUUUUUUUGUUGUUGUUUUGUUUAUUUUUUUUUGUUACAUCUGUGUAUUUUAAAAUUUCACAAGGUAAACUAAUGUAAUUUGAGAUUUAAGAAUACAUAAAAGGUAAUGUGAAUUUUUGCUGCUUUUAUGUUCAUGUUCAGUUUUGGUUAUGGAUCUAGAGAACCCAAAUGGAAUGACAGUUGCAUAAGCUUUACACAUUAAACUAAUAAUUUUCUAUUAGUAUUAAAUAUUUUCAUCCCCUUUAAGUUCAUAUAAAAAUUCAGGUGUACCUGAAUUAAAUAAGUAUACCUAGAUCUUGUCAUUCUUUUUCAUAGGCAAAGUUUUGGGUUUUUUUGUUCUAAAUGCACAAGAAUAUAAAAUCUUUUUUUUUCAGUAUUGAGGGCAUUUUCUGAACUGCAAAGAUGUAACAAAUUAUAGAAUCUUAUUGAUGUGAAUUAUAUUAAAUGCUACUUUUAGCAAACUGUGCUUCCUUAUUAUAGAGUAAGAACAUUUUAAAAAUUACCAUUUGUACCAUGCUUUCAAUAUUCACUGUAAAUUCCAUUAAAUUUAACUUAUACAAAAUUUUGUACACACAUAAAACUGAUUUCUUAGAAUGUGAUUAAAACAUUUCUGUAACAUAUCUAUCGUAUUGCACUGUUAAAAGCAUAAAUGCAGAAAAAUAUUGCUAUAUCUGUUCUUGUAUGUUAUCAAUAUAGCAAUUGAAUUCUACCAAAAUUUUAUUUUUCUAUAUAUUGGAUUGUGUUAUGCUUUGUUAUUCAAAAUGCACAAUUUACUGGGGAGCUGUUAACUUGUAAAUGGCUUUGAUAAAAGCUGUGAUCUGAUUGGCUCAAUGUACUUCUAUCAUAUAUUAUUUACUACUCCUACAUGCACCAGGACUUUCAUCACUUAAGUUACUCUGCCACUCUACACAAAGUAACAUGAACUAUUAUCAUGAAUUAUGUGGUACAUUAAUAAAUCAAAGGUUUGAGUUCACCUAAAUUAUAAGUGAUUUAUGUCAAUUAAAUUGGAGGGAGCUAAACAUUAUUUCAGAGGCUGGAGAACUAAGUAUGUGUGAUUUGCCUAAAUGACAUCUAAAAGAGUUAAGUAUAGUAAAGUUGAACCUUAUUGAUUUCCACUAAUGAAUGACUGUGUGACCCACUGCAAAUUCUGAAUCUAAUGAAUCUGUAAGUGAAGACAUCAAAAAGCAAGGACAGCACAUCACAAAAUGUACCUUGUUCAUUAUUUUGACAACUGUAGUUAUCUCCCAACCCCACAACAAUCUUCAUCAAAGAAAAGGAUAAGUAAUGAAGAGACAAGAGAACAAGCCUCAGUCAAGAUUACACAUAAGAGCGAUGAUAAGACAUCAAGGCCUCCCUUCUCUCAUCCUAAUAUGCUCCAUGAUAAAUUAUCAUUACAGUGAACAAAGUAAAAAAGGAAUAA